GGCAUUGCGAAGAUGGUCGGCGGCGGAGUGCCGCGGCGAUUGAGACUACUCUGCUUGCAUGGUUGGCGAACGAAUGCAGCCGUGAUGAAUGCUCAGCUCCAAGGGUUCCGGAAAGCAUUCGGUCCUGACGGUGUCGACUUCACAAUCCUCCACGCUCCGUUCGCCGCGUCGGGGCCAGCGCACACGACUGUCUCGGACAACUUUGAUGGACCAUUUUUCGAGUGGUGGGACUACAUCGAGCAUCCUGCAGGGGCGCCGAAACGACAUGAGUACGUUGGAUGGAAAGCGUCGCUCGAGUUUGCCAUGGAUCGCAUCGACCGCGAUGGCCCGUUCGACGCGUUGGUGGGCUUCUCGCAAGGUGCUGGCAUGGCGACUCUUCUCACAGCGCACUACUCGUCCACCACGCGCAUUCCGUAUUCCGCCGUGGUGCUGUGUUGUGGGUUGCUUCCCCGAGACGGCAUGCCACGUGGCCUUGCACUCCCGUUGUCCAUUCCGUCGUUCCACAUCCUGGGAAAAGCAGAUUCGCGGUAUGGUUGGGGUCGCAAGCUUCUCAGCGCAUACGAUCCACGGCAGCGGCAAGUGUUCGAACACGCUGGUGGCCAUCGAUUCCCAGUCUACCCAGAGUACAUGGCCACGUACAACUCGAUAGCCCACGACCUACGGGCCAUUUGCAUCGCCUAGUGUAGUAAGUGGCCGCAGAGCCUUCCAGCGAUAUAGCCCAUGUUACAAUCUCUUUGUCGGCA